UCACUCACAAUUAUCACCACCAUCAAAAAAUUUCAAGGAACGUUUAAUUGACUAUGAUCCUGCCGAAGAAGAAGAAGAAAAAGAAUCUGACAACUUGAAUGAAGAAACUGAUGAUUCAGAUGAAGAAGAUAUUGCAGAUAUUAUAGAUGUCAAUGAAAAGACUUUUGGUGAUUGGAUAGACAGACAUGAUAAACAGGGAUGGUCUUUAAAUAAUGGUGAUAAAGUUAGAGAUGUCUUGUUAAAAAUGACAUAUGAAAUUGCUGAAAAUGCCAAGAAAUUAACUAAAGGAGGAAUGCAUACUUGGUUUGGUCAAGAUUGGACGGAUUUAAAAAAAAAGGUUUCAAAUCAUAUAAAUUUAAAAAUAAAAAAAUUUGAAGGAGAGAUUUUAUCUGAUAUCAUCAAAGUAGAAGAAGUAAAAGGAGAAAAUAAACAAUUAACGGAACUUGAAUAUAUCAUGAAGAUGACGAGUCCCAUUUUAGAUAUAAUUUUUUCAAAUAAUCAUAAUAUUAUUGAUUUGAAAUGGGGCGAAACAAUUUCCAAAGCCACCAAAAGUCGUAAAAUUGAUUUAAGAGUGUUAACUAAGUGUUUAAGAACAAAUAAAUGUAUUUUGGAUCAAUACCUUAUGCAUGAUCUUUCUGAGGAUGCUGUAAAAGAUUCUACAUUUUUUGGAUUGCAAUUAGCAG